AUGGCGAACCCGAGGCGAGCCAUCGCGCUGCACAUCCAGACGCAGCCGCCUCCUCUCCCAACUACCGCCGCCGCCCUUCCACCUCACUCCUCUCUGGCGUCGUCGCUGCUCCACUUCCUGAAGCGGCCGGCGUCCUUCCCUUUCCUUCUCUCACUCUUUGUCCUCCUCACCUGGCUCUCGCUCCGCUUCCACCACCCCUCGCCGCCACCGUCGCUCGGCGGCCGCCCCUCCGUCGUGCACGAUCCUGAAGCAAACCUCGUCCGUUUCCCCGCGGAGCUCCACCCCACCCCCAUCGCCCGCGACGGGCGCGGGUGGCUCCUGGACCCCGUCGCCGCCGCCCGCGACGCCGGCCUUCCAGGUGAGCACUCCUCAACUCACGCCUCCAAUGAUGAGCCAAUCGCUGCUGCAAUUGUAGCAAGAGUGCUGUGA